UCGGAGGUGGGGUUCGGGGCUCGGUGGAGGGGGUGCGGGCGGCGGGUGCAGGCUCCGGAGAACGCGAUCCGCCCAAGGAUGUCGGAGGAAACGGAGAAACGUGCGGCUUGGAGACACCCCCUGCCCCCCUGCAGGAGGUCCCCCAGAGACAGGCCGUCCAGGGCCGGAUUGGACCCUGCCUGGAGGAGGCGGGACUCUGGCCCGCGGGGGGCGGAGGGCUAUUUAAGCCUGGGCGCAGCUGGGGGGGUGACCCAGGGCAAAAUGAGUGGCCUCCCGGGCGCCAGGCCCUGCCCGGGCCGGGGAGAGGCCCCCGGCUCGAAGUCGCCCCUGGGCGCCCAGCUCAGGGAGCCUCUCACCGAGGCCCGGUUCCAGCAGCUGUUCGGGGGCGCGGCGCCGGAGCCCCCGGCCGUCGGGGAGCCGGGCGGGUCCCCGCUGUGCGGGCGGUGGGGGCGGCGGCCGCGCGCCUGCUCCCGCCCGGGGGCGUGGCGCCUGCUGCGGGCCCGGCUGCCCCCGCUGCGCUGGCUGCCCCUCUACCGCUGGCGCGCCUGGCUGCUCGGCGACGCGGUGGCCGGAGUGACCGUGGGCAUCGUGCACGUGCCCCAGGGCAUGGCUUUUGCCCUCCUGACCUCGGUGCCCCCCGUGUUCGGACUGUACACCUCGUUCUUCCCCGUUCUCUUGUACACCCUGUUGGGCACCGGGAGACACGUGUCCACCGGCACCUUCGCGGUACUCAGCCUCAUGACGGGCUCGGCCGUGGAGCGACUGGUACCCGAACCCGCGGGGGGCAACCUGAGCGCAGUCGAGCGGGAGCAGCUGGACGCGCAGCGGGUCGGGGCGGCUGCGGCCCUGGCCUUCGGGAGCGGGGCGCUGAUGCUCGGCAUGUUCGCCCUGCAGCUCGGCGUCCUGGCCACCUUCCUGUCCGAGCCCGUGGUCAAGGCGCUGACCAGCGGGGCCGCGCUGCACGUGCUCGUGUCCCAACUGCCCAGCCUCUUGGGGCUGCCCCUCCCGCGCCAGAUCGGCUGCUUCGCCCUUUUCAAGACGCUGGCCGCCGUGCUGACUGCGCUGCCCCAGAGCAGCCCCGCGGAGCUGACCAUCUCGGUCCUCAGCCUGGCGCUGCUCGUGCCCGUCAAGGAACUGAACGUGCGGUUCCGAGACCGCCUGCCCACCCCGAUACCCGGGGAAAUCGUCAUGGUGCUCCUGGCUACAGUGCUCUGCUUCUCCUCUUCCCUGGACACAAGAUACAAUGUCCAGAUUGUGGGAUUGCUGCCCGGAGGAUUCCCUCAACCCCUCCUCCCCAACCUGGCCGAGCUGCCCAGGGUUUUGGCUGACUCGCUGCCUCUGGCGCUGGUCACUUUUGCUGUGUCCGCGUCCCUGGCCUCCAUCUAUGCGGACAAGUAUAGCUACACGAUCGACUCUAACCAGGAGCUCUUGGCACACGGCGUGUCCAACCUUGUCUCCUCCCUUUUCUCUUGCUUCCCCAACUCAGCCACGUUGGCUACGACCAGUCUCCUGGUGGACGCGGGGGGGAACACGCAGCUGGCGGGUCUUUUCUCCUGCGCUGUGGUCCUCUCGGUUCUGCUGUGGCUGGGGCCCUUCUUCUACUACUUGCCUAAGGCUGUCCUGGCCUGCAUCAACAUCUCCAGCAUGCGCCAGAUGUUCUUCCAGAUGCAGGAGCUCCCCCAACUGUGGCGCAUCAGCCGCGUGGACUUCGUCGUGUGGAUGGUUACGUGGGUGGCCGUCGUGACUCUGAGUGUGGACCUGGGCCUCGCCGUGGGCGUCGUCUUCUCCAUGAUGACUGUGGUCUGCCGCACCCAGAGGUGGGAGUGGGGAGGGAGGGUGGGGGAGGGCCUGGGGGCCGUCUCCGACCCGGCAGCUGACCCUAGCUUCUCACCUAGGGUGCAAUGCCAGGCGCUCGGAUGGGCUGAGGGCACGGAGCUGUACCGGCCCCUGAGAGAGAGCCACAAGCUCCUGCAGGUCCCCGGGCUCUGCAUCCUCAGCUACCCGGCGCCUCUCUACUUCGGGACCCGCGGGCAGUUCCGUCGCCUCCUCGAGGGGCAUCUGGGGCUGGGAGACGGAGGCCAGGUGAGGGGCGGGAGGCUCCUGCUGAAGGGGGGCUGGAGGAGGUGUAUGAUGUCCCCAGUCACGCCGUGGUCCUUCCUUACUCCCAGAAGACGGACGGCCCCGCCGAGACAGGUGAGACGGGCUGGCGAGGCGCUCCCUUCUCGGGCACCACCAGGGGGCGCCUGGGCACCGCUGCCUUCUCCUGCCCUAGUUGCGGCCGAGCCCGUCAGAGCGGUGGUCCUGGACUGCAGCGGGGUCACCUUUGCAGACGCGGCCGGGGCCCGAGAAGUGGUGCAGCUGGCCAGCCGAUGCCGAGAAGCGGGGAUCCACCUUCUCCUGGCUCAGUGUAACGCCUCAGUGCUAGGGACGCUGACCCAGGCCGGCCUUGGGGAUCGAGUGGGCCCGGAGCAGCUGUUCGUGAGCGUGCAGGACGCCGCUGCUCACGCCCUGGACAUGCUGGUGAGGCGGCAAUGGCCACAGAUGUGCAGGCUGGGGCGGGCCCGAGUGGGUGAGGUAUUGGCGGCCCGGGUCCUGGGGGAGGGAUGUGGGCAGGGGGCCGGGGAGGGAGAGAGGGCGGGAGAAGAAGGAGCUGAUUUAAGACUCGGUCAGGGGGCUGGAGAGAUAGCACAGCGGGUAGGGCGUUUGCCUUGCACAAGGCAGACCCGGGUUCAAUUCCCAGCAUCCCAUAGGGUCCCCUGAGCACUGCCAGGGGUAAUCCUGAGUGCAGAGCCAGGAGUGACCCCUGUGCAUCGCUGGGUGUGACCCAAAAAGCAAAAAAUAAAAAAAUAAAAAAAGACUCGGUCGGGGCCAGCACAGUGGGGAGGGCGCGUGCCUCACCUGUGGCCCGCCCCGGCUCAGACCCCAGCAUCCCGUACGGUCCCCCAAGCACGGCCACGAGCAGCGGCUGAGUGCAAAGCCAGGAGUAGCCCCUGAGCAUUGCUGGGUGUGCCCCCAUCCACCCCCCAAAAAGACUCAUUCAGGGAAACUGGGUUCCGCCAUGGGCAGAGGAUUGGGGAACUCGGUCCUUCGGGGCGUGGGGUGGCGGCAUGUCCCUCAAAGGACUGUUGGGUAUUGGGAGCAGCAGAGCGGUCCCCGAUAUCUGACACCUCCCUCCCUCUCCAGGAGCUCGCAGGCCCAAAGACGUGCACGGUGUGGCUGUGACCCCAUCAGGGCCCUUGGAGUGGACAGGGUCCCCGGCCCUGACCUCCGGGCCCCCUGAUGUCAUGUGACUAAUAAAACAAAGCUGAGAACCUC